UGACGCUUUUGAAUACGUUUGUUUUUAUAAAUAGUGAAUAAACAAGAGAAAAUCUUUACUUUUAAUGAUUUACGAGCGUGUCGGUGUAUAAAAUUGGCGGUUGUUAACACCGAAAUUAUUUUGAUGAUAUUUCUUCCGGGUGAAAAAAAGUUUUAUACUUCUUCGGUAGAAUGAAUAAAGUUGCAUAUAAAUCGUUCAUGGUUUUAUACAUGGUACAGUGCAUAUCAGCACAACUGUCAUCAGUAGAACAAAGAAGAAAUGAAACACACUGCGAUACCGGCAAUGUUAACAUAGACUGUGGAAGCUCAGUGAUAGCUGUUGAUUCUAUCAUGUAUGGAUAUGAUGCGACUUGUGAUUCCAUUUGUUGCGACUUGAAUACGGACCAUUGUUUGGAAAGUGCGACGACGCCGGAUAGAAGUGAUGUUCGGCGUCAAUGUUCUGGAAAAUCGUCCUGCACUAUUGCCCUCGGAGGGGUCCGGGCCUUUUGUUCCCUAGGAACGCACGAACCUUCCUAUGUUACAAUUUAUUAUUAUUGUAUUCCUUCUGAAAGGAAAUUAUCCGUAUGUUCAAGUGGCACGUUACAGUCAUCGAGUGCACCACUUUAUUUAACAAAUAAAGGUUAUCCGGGUGUGACAACAGGCGAAUCUACAUGUUCUUGCUCUCUAGAAAUUUAUGAGUGUCCAUCUAGUGUUAACUUAUAUAUCAUUGACGCUGAUUUGUAUUAUGAUACAUCAAACUGUGAACAAAGACUAGAAAUACGGGACAGUUUAAACGUGACAUUACAUGGUAUCGAAUGUGAAAGUUACUAUGGAUCUGACAUAACCACUCACGCUCUAAACAAGCAUUAUAUCACCAUUAACUUUUUGGACAAUUCCACUGCUAACCAGGAAGGAUUAUUUUUUCUUGGAUUUGCUGCUACAACAGUAAAUACUCAAUUCAGUCUGAGCUGCUCUGCUGUACCGGAGACUCUGUGUGUUGAUUGUGCUUCAGUUAUUGAUAUUGAUAAUGGCAAUGCCUCAUUAAUCGUUGAGAACGACUCGUCUUAUGGAGCCCGUGCAAAUGUGAUUUGUGAAGACGGAUAUAACACUACAACGCUGACGAUCCAAUGUUUAGACACGGGAUCAUGGGAAACAAGUACUUGUAUUGCUGAUGGUAACUAUGGUAACGGUGAUAGUAAAGAGGAUCUUGAUACAGACACAGAUGAAAGUAAACAGGGUGGACAAGAUUUUGCAGCAUGGAAAAUAGCUGUUAUUGUACUAUCUGUAGCUGUAGUAAUAGCCCUAAUAGUGUUGAUUGUUGUCAAAUGCUGUACAAACAGUAACCGUGAUCAAGAUACAAAUUCUGACCGGGAAGACCUUGCCUACGAAGGAGAGCAAUAUCCCGCAAUUGUACCACCGCCGCGAGGGACAGAAAAGGAGUCAUAUUUAAGAUCCGGUGCUCCAUUGCCUGCAAUUACACCACAGCAAAGGAUCACACAUGGCCAUGUGUACAUUGAUCAUAAUGAUGCGCAUAUAUUUGGACUCACAAUACACAUUCCAUUCCGGAAGAAAAACAAACUCGCACCUAUAGAUCGACAUGAAUAAUUAGUGUGAUAAAUGCAUCGAUAUUAUAAUUAUCUGGCUAAGGCAAAAUGACAGUUUGCAGUUUUAUGUCCAGUUUUCUUUGAUAUUAAGUUACUUUUUAUUUAAUAACAUAUGCAUGUGACGCUGAAAUUCAUGUUUGGUCGAUGUAAAACAAGCUUUUUUAGUAAGAAUUUCUAAUCAUUUUAUUUACUGCUUCAUUGAAUGUUAACAAACCACCGAUGCCAAUGAAUAACUUUACUAGACAAAGGACAAAAUAACAACAAAUAUGUUAUAAUAAUAUAUAUUUUUUGUACUGAAAAGUUAUUAACAUUAUAUUACUACCUUAAAUUUCAAACUUUGGCAAACUAACUUUUUCAAAGCUUCGCAAAAUGUUUGUUACAUUUCCUACCGACUGGAAUAAUUUAUAAAUACCAAAAAAUACUCGCGCCAUCUUAAUACGUCAUUAGGCAUCAUUAUGUCAUUAUAUGCUUUUGGCGGCAGAUUGAGAUUCUAGACAGUCAGAUGAUAACCAACACUGAUUAACUGUUUCGCGGUAUGCAACAAAAACCGCAAUGCAAAACUUUUCAUUCGUUAAGUAAUCAAUCACAUCUUAUAUACGUCUAUGAAUAUAUAUAAGAAAGUCAUGUUUCGAGUUCAGGCUGUGGCGUACCGAAUUUGCGUUUGAUGUCAUUUAUGCUUUUUUCAUAAAACUUUAUAUUUAAAAAGUAAAAGUUUUCUUUAUCAUUUAUAAUUGCACUUCAGUGUCCAUACAAAUAAAAUGCUAAUAGAUAAUGACAUGUCUUUAUGAAAAAAAAAACACUUUUUGAUUGCAAUUAUUAUCAUGACGUUUUACAAUAUGUUUGUUUAUUAGUUUUUCAUCAAUUACUGAAAAUGGGUGUGAUUUUUAGUUUACAAAUCAUUUUCUGGAUUCACGCUUUAUAAGUGAUGUAUUCCUAUAUUUAUGAAAUUAAAUUCAAUGCUGCAUUAUAUUGGACGAGUACAUAAACGUCAAAACUAUAAUUUGGAAUGAACAUUGCAACAUUGCAUUGUUAUAUAUUGGUGUACCAUUUAGUCUACCAAAACAUGUUAUCAUAUCUUGUCAUAUUCUCAUUCGUAUUAAUUCCAUUGUAGUUGUAUAACAUUAGAGCUAGGUCAAAAGACACUACAUGAUAAAAGAAAUUAAAUUGUAUUCAAUGCUGCAUUAUAUUGGGCGAGUACAUAAAUGUCAAAACUAUAAUUUGCAAGGAACAUUGCAACAUUGCAUUGUUAUGUAUUGUGCAUUUAUUCUACCAAAACAUGGUAGUUGUAUAACAUAAGAGCUAAGUCAAAAGAUACUAGAUGAUAAAAGUAAUGAUAUUGAAUACAAUGCUGCCUUAUAUUGGAAGAGAACUUAAUUGUCAAAACUAUAAUUUGUAACGAACAUUGGUACAUUGAGUCGAAUGUAUUUUAUUUUGCAGUUGUGAACAAGUACAGUAACAUCAGUAUUGUAUUCAAUAAUGUAUAGUGUCACGUUGUUACUCUGAAAACAGUAUAGGAAUUAUUCAUAAUAAAUGAAAUUUUGGACUCAGGAAAUACAAACGAGGCUAGACGAAGUUUUAUAUGGAUUUGAUAUGAAGAAAAAUGAAAACAAAGCUAAAUCAAUUGGAUCUAAACUAAAUAAUGAUUUGUAUCAGAACAUCAUUAGGUGCAAAAACAAGACGUUUUUCGGUUACAAUUUAAGUUGAAACUUACGUGUUUCCUGGUUAUCUUUUUUGUUUCGUUUUUUUCAUCACAGUUUUUCUUAUGUUAGAUGAUAACGUCACAGGUAUGAUCUUCAGAUUCCAUAUAAUAUGUCUGCAAAUCAUUACAACUCAAUCAAUAUUGUUGUACAUGUAAUUACAUUUUAUUAUUUCAAACUAUUGUUCAAAGAUAUAACUUUUUUAAAAAUGACAUUUCUGUAACAAUAAUCCUACUGGUUUUUCUGUAGACAUUAAAGUGACAUUAUGCUCAUAUUUUCAUAGUCAAGUUGAGCUAAAUUAACUUUAUAUCUCAAAAGAUUGACUGUCAAUACGGUGUUUGACCAACAGUUGUUAUAGGAAAAUGUUUAGGAUACAAUUAUAAAUCUGCCUAAAAUUUAAAAAGACUGCCCCACUCUUUUUAUAAACUAAGCGUUAUACGUAAAUUCUAACGAACAUUUACAGAAUUUGCAUUCGGGUCUGUGUGUUAUUUAUUGUUUAUGCGAACUUAAUUAUUUAAUUGAAAGGGAUUAUGGCAAAAUGAAAACAUAUUUUGAUUUUCACACAUUUACUCACUAUAUACCCUUGGAUGGGCAUUAUGUCACUUUAAUAUGUAGUCUAAGAAUAUUUAAAACAUAUAUAGCGAUAACAGUUUUUCGUUUAAGAAUGGUUUCUAUUCUUUUCCAAAAAUUUACCACUUCAUUUUUUUUUAAUUUGCUUUAGCCGACGAUAGGGGCUUGUAACCUUAUUUGGCUUUUCAUGGUUUAGAUGACUAAUUUUGAAUGAUUACCUUCAAGUUUUACAAGUUAAAGUAUCAAAUAUGUGUUCAAGAAGGAGACUUGAAAGUUUAAAAAUCCAAGAAACAAUGUGAAUUACAGACCGUUAUCUCUAUCUUUAUAGUAAUAUUUUUUCAUACCUCUACAUGUAAGCCUGAACGUCUGUGGUUCUACUAAGGUGCCCGAUCGUGCCUGAAAUUAUGCACGGAAAUGCACCUGACGUCUUCCUCAACCAGUAAAUCUGGAACGUCACCAUGUGACCUAUUAUCUAUCGCUGUGACAACCCAAUUAAACAAACAAGGAAACUACAUGUAAGUAAGAGAACAAUAGGUAGUUAUUGAUUAAGUCUGGUUUGUCUCGAUUUUGUUGAACGAACGUGGAAUUACAAUGUACGCAUCAACUACUUCUGAUCAUACAAUAUUUUUUAUUUUGCUUGUAAGUUGCUAUUGAAUUUAAAACAGUUUGCAUAUUUUUACAACAAAUUAAAAAGAAAUAAAUAAGAAAAAAAAGUAACGGUUUUUCAGCAUUUUUUUCGAACAACAAUUUGACUUAUUGACUUUUAAUGCCACUAUAAAGAUUUUGUUUGUGUAAAUGCCUGUAUUGUAACGAAAAGCAGAACGUAUUGUACAUGCUGUACUGAUAUUGAUGUGCUUCUUAAACGGGAAGCUUUUCAAGGAUUUCUAUUUUGAUUUAUCGUCUUGCUGCACUUCACAAUGACAAUAAAAAUUGUCACAUGACAGUGUUGUAGUUGUUUUACUAGAACUGCUUAUUAACUACAGUCCGACUCCGGUUAUUCGACAACCCAUUAUUCGAAUACCCGGCAUUAUCCAAAGUAGAUCUACGGUUUCGUCUUCGUCUCUGUAUAGAUUGAUAUAAAUAUGAACGUAUUAUUCGAAAUGCAUUAUCUGAAUACCUCCUAUUUUUCAAAGUAAAAUUUCGGUCCCGAUUAUAUCAUUAUGUAAGAAUUGCACACCUAUUAUUUGAAGCCAGACUAACUGGCGCUGAUUGACUCGCUGACCGUCCCACAUUGUGAAAAACUUGGCAGAAAAACUUCUAACAGCCAUGAUAAUUACGAUUUGCGUGUACCGAACAUUAAUUGUAUGCUAUUAAGUGCACGGUUCAAAGUGUUCAAAAUAAUGAUUUUUUAAUUGAUGAAUGAAAAAUAAACAAAUGAAAAUAAACUAUUUUAUUAAUUGGACGGUUUAUAUUGAUAUUGUUUGUAUAAUUUUGAAUACAUUUGUAAUGCAUGCAUGUAUGUCUAUCAUUAAAAUCCUUCGCUUUGUCCGACAUGCUGGAAGAUGACAGCAAUGUUAUUAAUGUGCAUGUUUAUAUGUUUAUAUUAACCUGUGCUACAGAACCUGGUAAUAAACUGCAAGUAGUUAAUAAA